UUACAGGUACUCCCAUUAACUUCUUCACCGAAAUGUCCAGACGUCGCAACGUUUGGCGGGAAAGUGUUGGGUGGCAAAAUCUGGUGUGCGAGUCUCUCGUACGCCGCGCAAUAUCUUUAUGCUCUGUCCGGUUCGUGAGAAAUUGCGUUCGCAUCCAUGGUUUGCAUCGCAAGCGUGCGUCGCAAACUCUCUCGCAAGCUGUCACCAGCUCUUGGGUGCUCUGUGGCUGUCGCAGUGGAGAGAAUGAGAAGAAAGUAGCACUGUGUUCGAACCGGUUCCAGCAGGGUUCCAGGUGGAGAGAGACGACCUAUAGACGACUAUAGACAUGAGAGCGCGGGAAUUUCUCAAGAAAGGAUCCCCUGGGAUCCUGGAGGAUCGCACUGAUAAACGUGCGUGACAGGUGCGUGGAAGAAAACAAACGAGAGAUCACUGCUGGAGUGAGUGAGUAUUGGUUUUGAACGAAAUUCGAGAGAAAUUACAGCGUGGUCACGUCGAGACUAACAUGAAUGGAAAAGAGGUUAUUUACAUUUACAAUGAAACUUUGUGCAGUGAAUGUGAUAGGAAUCCUCGAAUUGCUGGUCGGGCAACGCAGGUGCACGAAUUAAUAAGAGCGUAUGGAUUGCUGGAUAAAAUGACUGUUCAUCCUAGUCGUCCAGCUUACGACGAAGAAAUAAACACAUUCCACAGUAGUUCGUACAUCGACUUUUUGAAAGAAAUCAAUUCCAGCUCUGACUUGGAAGUUCAUGAAGAUGAAGCUGAACAGUUUGGACUAAAUUAUGAUUGUCCACUGGUUGAAAGACUGUAUGACUUUGUAAAAGCUAUUGCUGGAAGUUCAAUUAGUGGAGCUGAGGCUAUUGUGGGAGGAAAAGCAAAAGUUGCAAUUAAUUGGUUUGGUGGAUGGCACCAUGCCCAGAGGGACCAGGCAGAUGGAUACUGUUAUGUAAAUGACAUUGUUCUCGCUAUUCACAAAUUACGCCAAAAAUACAAGAAAAUUUUAUAUAUAGAUCUUGAUGCACAUCAUGGUGAUGGCGUAGAAAAUGCUUUUGCUUUUUCACCAUCAGUACUAACUUUUUCUCUCCAUAAAUAUGAGCCAUGCUUCUAUCCUGGAACAGGAAAUGUGAAAGAUGUUGGAUAUGGUCAAGGACGUUAUUAUUCAGUAAAUAUUCCUUUAGCUGAUGGAUUACGUGAUUUUUUAUAUUCUUAUGUGUUUGAUAGUGUUAUGUUGAAAAUUUGGAAAACAUUCAAUCCAGAAGUUAUAGUUGUUCAGUGUGGUGCUGAUGGACUAAGCGGUGAUCCUACAAAUGCUUUUAAUUUGACCCUUCAAGGGUUUGCAAAAUGUGUUAAAACUAUACUUUCGUGGAAUUUGCCUACAAUGUUUCUUGGCGGUGGUGGGUACAACCACCCAAAUGUUGCACGUUGCUGGACAUAUUUAACAUCACUUAUUGUGGAGCAGGAAAUUAAGUCAAGUAUUCCUGAUCAUGAGUAUUUUAUGGAUUAUGGACCAGAUUUUGAACUAGAUAUAUUACCUGGGUGUCGAAAGGAUAAUAAUUCGAAAGAGUCAUUAGAUAGCAUCAUUCAAUGUGUAUCUGGUCUUGGAGCCAUGACUGUCAAAUAAUUUGUUUGUAGACUUCCUAACAAUUUUGGAUCUUUUCCUAGCUCAUUACAUCAGUAUUGUAUUAUGAUAUAUGUUUUUGCUGUGGGUGGAAAGAGCCAGAAUGGUGCCUAUUGUAAUGUAGUUGUGGAAAAAUUGUUAAUGUGAACUAUGUUGAAUUAGAAUGCUUAUUCUCAUCUUUCUGAACUCAUUCAUUAUGUUCUAGUUAUAAAGAUGAGCUCUUUAGUUGUGAAAACGGUCUUUCAUAUUUUACAUGUUUGAAUCCUAUUCUUGUCUGAUUGAAGUGAAGAAUGUGAAUGGUUGAUGUUAAGGGUGGACUUUAAUCUUUGCAAUAUAUGGGCUUAAAAUAUGUAAACAUUUCCUGUUUCGGAACAUGCCAAUGAAACGGAAUCAAGAAUAUGUGUGAUUGUAAUUGCCAUUCUGUGAAAUGGUUAGUAGGAUGAAAUGUAAUGUAUGUAAUGUACAUAAAAUGUACAAUGAUGUAAUGUAUUAUACAAUACCUAUUUUGUUUAAUUCUUAUUUGUACAAAUGAUUGAAUAAUAUAUCAUACCAAGAAAAUGUCUGCAGCUAAUGACCUGUUACUGGAUUGAAAUAAUGUUACAGAAUAAUGCACCCUGUAUUACGUUCAUGGAAGAACAAGCUUUAUUUGGAAAAUAUCUCAUUACUGGCAUAACAUUCAAACAAAUGUACACGUCAGCUACUGCAAAGAAGAGAUCAAAUUUGCUGAA